AUGUACACCUUCGUGGUGCGCGACGAGAAUAGCAGCGUCUACGUCGAGGUCUCCCGGCUGCUGCUGGCCACCGGCUACUGGAAGAGGCUAGACAACCCCAGGUUCAACCUGAUGCUGGGGGAGAGGAACCGACUGCCCUUCGGGAGACUAGGUCUCGAGCCUGGGCUGGCACAGCUGGUGAAUUACUACCGGGGAGCAGACAAACUGUGCCGCGAAGCUUCCUUAGUAAAGCUAGUCAAGACCAGUCCGGAACUGUCUGAGUCCUGCUCAUGGUUCCCCGAGUCGUAUGUGAUUUAUCCAACUAACCUCAAGACGCCAGUCGCUCUGGCGCAGAAUGGCAUCCAACUUCCGGUCAGUAACUCCAGGACAGAUGAGAGAGAAUUCUUCUUGGCUUCUUAUAACAGAAAGAAAGAGGACGGGGAGGGCAACGUUUGGAUUGCAAAGUCAUCAGCUGGUGCCAAAGGUGAGGGCAUCCUCAUCUCCUCCGAGGCAUCGGAGCUCCUGGAUUUCAUCAACAGCCAGGGCCAAGUGCACGUGAUCCAGAAAUACCUCGAGCGCCCUCUGCUCCUCGAGCCCGGCCACCGCAAGUUUGACAUUCGAAGCUGGGUCCUGGUUGACCAUCAGUAUAACAUCUACCUCUAUAGAGAGGGUGUGCUUCGAACUGCUUCAGAACCAUAUCAUGUUGAUAAUUUCCAAGAUAAGACCUGCCAUCUGACCAAUCACUGCAUUCAGAAAGAGUACUCAAAGAACUAUGGGAAAUACGAAGAAGGGAAUGAAAUGUUCUUCGAAGAGUUCAAUCAGUACCUAACAAGCGCUCUGAACAUUACCUUAGAAAGUAGCAUUUUGCUGCAAAUCAAACACAUAAUAAGGAGCUGCCUCAUGAGUGUGGAGCCCGCCAUCAGCACCAAGCACCUCCCUUACCAGAGCUUCCAUCUCCUUGGCUUUGACUUCAUGGUGGACGAGGAGCUGAAGGUCUGGCUCAUUGAAGUCAACGGUGCCCCAGCGUGUGCCCAGAAACUCUAUGCAGAACUGUGCCAGGGCAUCGUGGACAUAGCCAUAUCCAGUGUCUUCCCACCCCCGGACACAGAGCAGGUGCCGCAGCAUCCGGCUGCGUUCAUCAAGCUGUGA